AUGUCACCAGAUUCGAUAUUAGAUGAAGACGAGCAAUAUGCAUCAUCGGAAGACUCCGACUUUGCUCCCGACGAUGCACCCAAUCAAGUUUCCGAUCAAUCCGACGACGAUAAAGAUGAGGGCGACAAACCAUCUAGUAAACGGAGUCGCCCCGCGGCUAACGAGGACACUGCUGAUGCAGGCUACGAUAAUUCGGGUGACGAGGCAAUCAUAAAAAGGGGCGCGAAGCGCCGUAAAAAGACACAGACGAAGGGAGUGGAUGAAGAUGAAGAUGGUGGUGAGGGUGGUUUGGUCAAGACCCGGAGACAGCGCGCCGCAGAAAAAGAGGAACGUAAGUAUACCACCAACAGUGAGCCGGUCACUAUCGACGUGGAUGCGCUAUGGGCGCAAAUGAUAGCCAAGACGCCCAUUCCCGGGACCAAGGUCGACGAGCCCACCGAUAUAAAUACAAGCAUCGCUCCCACAAAUAAGAAAGUAGAGUCAGCCGUUCAAACGACGGGCUCAACUGAUCCAGGUGAUCCCUCAGCGAUGAUACGCAUCAAGCGAACAUACAAUUUCGCUGGUCGGGUGCACACAGAGGAAAAGCUUGUUGCGCGCGACUCAGCUGAAGCAAAGCUCUACCUCGCCUCGCAGAGCGAUACCCCUUCAACAGACAGCCCUGAAAAGCGCGCCACAAGGAAAGCUUUCAGGUCUGCUUUUGAGCCUCAAGUGGACCUCAUGCCUCAGCGAUCCGACCUGAAUCUGGGAAUGGCCGCACGAAUUAAGGCUGGCAAGGAGGUCCAGGCCAGAAAACUCAAUGUCGUGGACAAAAGUCGCAUGGAUUGGGCUGGCUAUGUGGACAAGGAGGGCAUCAAGGACGAGUUGGCGCUGGCAGGCAAAUCCAAGGAUUCUUACAUGGCAAGAGAAGACUUCUUGGCCAAGAGUGAAGCACUGAGGGAGGAAGAUUCAAGAAGGGCGAGGUUGGCUGGAAAAGCUUAG